AUGAUUAGUUUUUUAUCAAAAUACGACUCAGUUUUGAAACUUCAUUUUGAAAAUUCGACAAGGUUUAAAGGAACAUCCAACUUAAUUCAGAAUGACCUUAUUUUAAGUGUGGGAGAAGUUAUGCUAAAGACAAUUAAAAAAGAAAUAAGUGAAGCAUCAUUUGUGGCUUUUAUUUUGGAUGAGACUACUGACAUAUCUAAUACUAGUCAACUAUCGAAAAUCGUCCGCUAUGUGACAAAACAAGGUCAAAUAAAAGAAAGAUUUCUUGGUUUUGUUGAUGUCUCAAUGCAAAGAACAGCUUUGGCUCUCAAUGAGAUUGUUUUAUCAACUAUUGAAGAUCUUGAUUGCGGUUUAAAAUUAGUAGGGCAAAGCUACGAUGGAGCAGCAGUUAUGGCAGGCCAAUUAGGGGGUCUACAGGCCAAAGUUAAGGAAACUUACCCAUCAGCCCUUUUUGUACAUUGUAUGGCACAUAGAUUAAAUUUGGUGAUGCAACAAUCUCUCAAUAAAAUAAGAUAA